CUCUUCCUUCCCGGGGUGCUUCGCGCCGGGCCUUUCCGCGUGGGUGAGUGAAUGUGAGAGUCAGCGCUCGCGCCGCGCGCGCCGCCCGCCUCCGCCGCUCGGCGCCCUUAUUCCGGCUGUGAGGGGCGGGCGCGCGCGUAAAAGCAUAGAGACGGGCGUUGAGUUCUCGGGCUAGAGCGUCGCCGAGUCGGAGCCGGAGCCCGAGCCGCGCGCUGUGUCUCCGCUGCGUCCGCCGAGGCUCCCGAGUGUCAGGGACAAAAGCCGCCGCCGCGCCGCCUGCUCCCGCCGCCGGGGCUCAUUCGCCGCCGCUGCCGCCCUGAGGAGAGUCCGCUGCCGUCGCCACCCGUGAGGAUCCGAGAGCCAUGUCGGCCAGCAGCCUCUUGGAGCAGAGACCCAAAGGUCAAGGAAACAAAGUACAAAAUGGAUCUGUACAUCAAAAGGAUGGAUUAAAUGAUGAUGAUUUUGAACCUUACUUGAGUCCACAGGCAAGGCCCAAUAAUGCAUAUACUGCUAUGUCAGACUCCUACUUACCCAGUUACUACAGCCCCUCCAUUGGCUUCUCCUAUUCUUUGGGUGAAGCUGCUUGGUCUACGGGGGGUGACACAGCCAUGCCCUAUCUAACUUCUUAUGGACAGCUGAGCAACGGAGAGCCCCACUUCCUACCAGAUGCAAUGUUUGGGCAGCCAGGAGCCCUAGGUAGCACUCCAUUUCUUGGUCAGCAUGGUUUUAAUUUUUUUCCUAGUGGGAUCGACUUCUCAGCAUGGGGAAAUAACAGUUCUCAGGGACAGUCUACUCAGAGCUCUGGAUAUAGUAGCAAUUAUGCUUAUGCACCUAGCUCCUUAGGUGGAGCCAUGAUUGAUGGACAGUCAGCUUUUGCCAAUGAGACCCUCAAUAAGGCUCCUGGCAUGAAUACUAUAGACCAAGGGAUGGCAGCUCUGAAGCUGGGUAGCACAGAAGUUGCAAGCAGUGUUCCAAAAGUUGUAGGUUCUGCUGUUGGUAGUGGGUCAAUUACUAGUAACAUCGUGGCUUCCAAUAGUUUGCCUCCGGCUACCAUUGCUCCUCCAAAACCAGCAUCUUGGGCUGAUAUUGCUAGCAAGCCUGCAAAACAACAACCCAAGCUGAAGACCAAGAAUGGUAUUGCAGGGUCAAGUCUUCCACCACCCCCAAUAAAGCAUAACAUGGAUAUUGGAACUUGGGAUAACAAGGGUCCUGUGGCAAAAGCCCCCUCACAGGCUUUGGUUCAGAAUAUAGGUCAGCCAACCCAGGGGUCUCCCCAGCCUGUAGGUCAGCAGGCUAACAAUAGCCCACCAGUGGCUCAGGCAUCAGUAGGGCAACAGACACAGCCAUUGCCUCCACCUCCACCACAGCCUGCCCAAAUCUCAGUCCAGCAACAGGCAGCUCAGCCAACCCGCUGGGUAGCACCUCGGAACCGUGGCACAGGGUUUGGUCAUAAUGGGGUGGAUGGUAAUGGAGUAGGACAGUCUCAGACUGGUUCUGGAUCUACUCCUUCCGAACCUCACCCAGUGUUGGAGAAGCUGCGGUCCAUUAAUAAUUAUAACCCCAAGGAUUUUGACUGGAAUCUGAAACAUGGCCGGGUUUUCAUCAUUAAAAGCUACUCUGAGGACGAUAUCCACCGUUCCAUUAAGUAUAAUAUCUGGUGCAGCACAGAGCAUGGUAACAAGAGACUGGAUGCUGCUUAUCGUUCCAUGAACGGGAAAGGCCCCGUUUACUUACUUUUCAGUGUCAACGGCAGUGGACACUUCUGUGGCGUUGCAGAAAUGAAAUCUGCUGUGGACUACAACACAUGUGCAGGCGUGUGGUCCCAGGACAAAUGGAAGGGUCGUUUUGAUGUCAGAUGGAUUUUUGUGAAGGACGUUCCCAAUAGUCAACUGCGACACAUUCGUCUAGAGAACAACGAGAAUAAACCAGUGACCAACUCUAGAGACACUCAGGAAGUGCCUCUGGAAAAGGCAAAGCAGGUGUUGAAAAUCAUAGCCAGCUACAAGCACACCACUUCCAUUUUCGAUGAUUUCUCACACUAUGAGAAACGCCAAGAGGAAGAAGAAAGUGUUAAAAAGGAACGUCAAGGUCGUGGAAAAUAGAAAGCAGUUCUGAACAGACUGCAGCAACGGUUGCAUCUGCAUAUCCUAAGAGGAAAAUUGACCUUCAAGAGAAUUAGGACUUUUUUCUUAAUUUCAUUGACUUCAGAGACGAUUGCAGACUUGCAGUUUAAGUAUUGGAAUUUCACAAAAGACAUAGGACUUAACUGGAAAAUGAAAAAAAAAAAAAAAGAAAAAAAAGAAAAAAGUAAACAAAAAAUUCCUCUAGGUAGUUUAGGUGAAAAAUGUCCCUUUUAUUUUGGCUUCGGUUGUGAUUUCAGAGCAUAAUGCUUUGGUUUUUUUUGUCUUUUACUAUGUUUUUCGGAUUUUUAAGUCCGUAAGUGCAUACAGUUUUCUCUAAUUUUUAAACCCUUUCCUCCUCCCAUUUUGACAUUUGCACUUGGAGAACACUUGAGUUGCAAAGGUUGGGUGUCCACCCCAGAAAGUGGGAAUUUGAUUUUUCCCUUCCGAACUGGAAGAACAUUUUUUAUGAAGAAUUUUUGUCUAGGAGAAAUUUAACAGUGUUACCCAAGGUUGUGUCUUUAAGGGUGGUUCAUUUUCUCUGACCCUUUGUUACUCAAAGUAAAGUACUAGGAGUCCUAAGAAAUGUUCUGUUCUUGUACAUUAUACUGAUUAAGUCAGGAUUAAUUUGAUUUCAAAGCUAAGAACAGUGGUAAAAACUCGUUUUCAGAAAUGCAUUUUGGAAGAGAAAAAUAUUGUAAAACGUGUAGUGAAUGUUUCUUCAGUUUCUUGUUCAGCCAAUGAGGAAAGGGCAUUGCCUUUCUUUUUACCAUUAAUCACUUCUCAAUAAACGUGAGAUCCUGUUGAGCAUCACUUUUAGUACCAUUUAGUAUUAUUUGAAUCUGCUAUAUGUUGUGAAAGAUUUAGAGUAUAAGGAGUUCUAAGAGGCAAGAUAGCAACUAAUUUAGAAAGUUUGUGUUGAGAGGAAAUAGUUCAGGUUUGCUUUGUACCUAGGGCUAUAUAACCAUGACCCCUGCAAAGCAUGGUGGGUCAAUAUUCAUAAUGCUUUAUUUCUGGAUACUUUCCAGAGAAGAUAGAGCCACUGGUAAAUCAUUCAUUCAACAGAUACCUGUGUUUAUUAGGUGCCAGGCACUACUAACUCCACAAAACUCUGGCCAGUGAUAGUAGGGGAGGUGGUAGCACCCAGUAUCCAAGGAUAUAAGUGUUUAAUCUAAAAUAUGGGUUAUUGCUUGGUGGUGCAUGCCUGUAAUUGCAGUAACUUGGGAUUCUGAGGAGGAGGGUCACAAGUUCGAGUUUGAGUCAGUCUUAGUGACUUAUGGAGACAUUUCUUGAAAGGGCUAGGGAUGUAGCUGAGUGGUAAAGUGCCCCUGAGUUAAUCCCCAGUACUUAAAUAAAUGAAUGAAUAAAUAGGACUGGGGAUAUAACUUAGUGGUAGAGCAUCUCUGGGGGCAAAAGAAAACCAAAGUAUGUUUUAUUUAGACAGUAUUCCACAUGGAUUCGUGUCCUAAGAAAAUGAAAUUCCAGUGAACCCAAGUCUUUGGAGUGACUUAUAACCAUACAACACUUAAUUCAUUCUUGUUUUUUCACCUAGAUUUGAAGGGCUUCUGUGCCUUAAAGAUUUUUAGCUCUUAAUAUGCCCCAAUUCAGGGGUUGGGAAUGUGGCUGAAGAGGAGAGCACUUGCUGGCAUAUCUGAACCCUGGGUUAGAUCCCCAACACCAAAAAAAAAAAAAAAAAAAAAAA